AAAGGACGCCGCGCUGCCGUAAAGCAUCUGGAGGCGGUGCACUGAGAUGGCGACGAUUGGGCUCAGGGCCGGCGGAGGGGGAGCAGUUGGGGAACACGGGGCUCGCGUCUGAGCGUUGGCCGGGAACGGCAGCGAAAGGGACUGUCACCUUUGUCCCCGUGGCGCUGCGGUGCUGGGACGGCUGUCCCCGGUUCCCGACCCUGCCAGGCCUUCACCCUUCCUCUGCUUGCAGGAUAGCGUGGUCCCCGCGGCGGGGCCGCUCCAGCUCCUGCUUUCUCCCUCUCUUGCCUUCAGGGGAAGCACGCAGCGAGAAAGGAGAUGUCGGAUAAAGGGAGCAGCAUGGACGGAAAGACGGACAUCGCGAAUGGUGAAGGCAGCCUGUCCAGCAGCCCGGAGGAGAUGUCAGCCGAGGAGGGCCGAGAAAUUUCUUCCGGCAUCGAGGUGGAGGCGUCCGACGUCAGCCUGAGCCUCACUGGAGAUGACGUGGGGCCCAACCGCACCAGCACAGAGAGCCGCGACACCGACACCGAGAGCUCUGCGGAGGAGAAGGACUCUGACAGCAUGGACGACACGGGCCACUACUCCAUCAACGAGGAGUCGCGCACCCUCGACUGCUCGCACUCGGAGGAGGAGGAGGAGGAGGAGGAAGAGGAGGAGCAGCGAUCCCACCGCCGAGCUCAGCGCAAACGUGCCAACCACGACCGAGACUCCUCGGACGACGAGCAGGCGCUGGAGGACUGGGUGUCCUCGGAGACCACGGCGCUGCCGCGGCCCCGCUGGCAGGCCAUCCGCGCCCUGCGGGACAGGGAGCUGGGCUCCAGCCCCCGCUUCGUCUACGAGGCCUGCGGGGCCCGGCUCUUCGUGCAGCGCUUCCGCCUGCAGCACGGCCUGGAGGGCCACACGGGCUGCGUCAACACGCUGCACUUCAACCAGAGGGGCACGUGGCUGGCCAGCGGCAGCGACGACCUCAAAGUGGUGGUGUGGGACUGGGUGCGGAGGCGGCCGGUGCUGGAGUUCGAGAGCGGCCACAAGAGCAACGUCUUCCAGGCCAAGUUCCUCCCCAACAGCGGUGACUCCACACUGGCCAUGUGUGCUCGGGACGGGCAGGUGCGGGUGGCUGAGCUUUCGGCCACGCAGUGCUGCAGGAGCACCAAGCGUGUGGCACAGCACAAGGGAGCUUCUCACAAGCUGGCCCUAGAACCGGAUUCUCCAUGCACUUUCCUAUCAGCAGGUGAAGAUGCUGUCGUCUUCACCAUCGAUCUGCGACAAGACCGGCCUGCCUCGUGAGUAUCCCCCUCCUGCUGCAGGUGGGGAUCUGUGGGCUGUGGGUCUCUGCCCCAUAGCCGUCGUAUCG